AUUGGAAUGGGGGAAAUCUCGCCUUAUCCACACUCAGCCACAAUCCCAACUUCAUUCUUUUCCACAUCACCCUCCUUCCUGAUCAACUCAUCAAAGAAUGAUCCAAAUACCAAUUCCAAUCCUCUUAAUCCCAUCUGUUCAUCAAGUUUGUUUUUCUCUUUAAUAUUUCUAGAAAGUAAUCCCAUCUUCAAACAGCAAAAAUGGCUGCCAUGAACUCCAGCGUGUUAUGCAACAACUAUGCCAUAUCAUCACCUGCUGCUUCAUCAUCUCAGUUCAUUGCAAAGAGUGCUUCUGCAAUGACAACUCCAAUUCCAACUUGUUCUAAACUGCCUCCCACAAUCAAGUUUCAGAGACAAGCAAUUCGUAUGGAGACUGAAAACAAAAAGGGCAGAAGAGUUGCUCUGCUUACCCUUGCAGCUGCCCUUUUUGCCACUGCUGCUUCUCCCUCUUCUCCUGCAGAUGCUGGAAUCAUAGAGGACUAUCUUGAAAAAAGCAAAGCCAACAAGGAAUUGAAUGACAAGAAAAGACUGGCCACAAGUGGUGCUAACUUUGCCAGAGCCUAUACUGUUCAGUUUGGAACAUGCAAGUUCCCUGAAAAUUUUACUGGCUGCCAAGACCUUGCCAAACAAAAGAAAGUAGCAUUCAUCACUGAUGACUUGGAAUUGGAAUGUGAAGGCAAGGAUAAACACAAGUGCGGUUCCAAUGUUUUCUGGAAAUGGUGAAGUGUGUAAGCCUGUGAUCAUCAUUCCUAAGAAGUAUUUACAUAUCAUUUCCUCCAUGUAAAACCUAUAAUUCAUGAGUUGUUUUGUCAUUCCUAAUGCAUAUAAUUGUUAGUACCUACUAAUCUAACUUUUAAAUUUUAAAUAAGAUGAGAAAGUCCACCUCUGAUAUGGUGGGUAAAAAUUUGAG